CCCUCUUAGACAACGAAGAAGACGCCGGCGAGGUAGCCGGAAAUAAUUUGUUAGCUAACCAGAACAAUAGCAAGGGAUAUGUAACCAAAUAAUUGUAAUCGUUACGAUACACCUUCAUCGUACCUCCAUCUACUAAAUUACUUAACAAAAUAGGUCUCGUGUAUAUCGUGGUCCUGUGCGAUUCUGUGGAAAUAGACAGCAGAAAUGACAGCGUUAGCUUUAGUUUGCACCGCGCAACGCGUUCUGUAGGCGUCAAUUAAAAAGCGCUGGUACAUGAAUACGCUAUAUUUAGGAGUUGUGUGGAGCGUCAGUAUAUAGCUUAGCAUCAUGGCUACCGGUGCUGAUGUGAGGGACAUUUUGGAGUUGACGGGAGGGGAUAACGAUGGCCCGAUCAGCAAGAAAGACCUCAUCAAUUCUGACAAGAAAAAGUCCAAGAAAACAACUGAAACGUUGACCUUCAAGAGGCCAGAGGGAAUGCACAGAGAGGUCUAUGCGCUGCUGUAUUCUGAUAAAAAGGAUGCGCCCCCACUGCUUCCCAGUGACACCACCCAGGGUUACAGAACAGUCAAAGCCAAAUUGGGCUGUAAAAAGGUUCGUCCCUGGAAGUGGAUGUCCUUCAGUAAUCCUGCUCGAAGGGAUGGUGCCAUAUUCCACCACUGGCGACGGGUGGCAGAGGAAGGCAAAGACUAUCCUUUUGCUCGCUUCAACAAGACAGUACAGGUACCUGUGUACUCGGAGCAGGAAUACCAGCUGCAUCUCCACGAUGACAGCUGGACCAAAGCAGAGACGGACCACCUGUUUGACCUGUGCAAACGCUUUGACCUGCGUUUUAUAGUAGUUCAUGACCGCUAUGAUCACCAGCAGUACAGAAAACGGUCUGUAGAAGAUCUCAAAGAGCGCUACUAUGGUAUUUGCGGGAAGCUGACCAAGGUCCGUGCGCCUUCAGGGACUGACCCCAAGAUCUACAUCUUUGAUGCUGGUCAUGAAAGGCGACGCAAAGAGCAACUGGACAAACUCUUUAAUCGUACCCCUGAACAAGUGGCAGAAGAAGAAUAUCUGAUCCAAGAGCUGAGAAAGAUUGAAACACGGAAGAAGGAGCGGGAGAGAAACGCUCAAGAUCUGCAGAAGCUCAUAAAAGCCGCCGACACAACCACAGAGUUGAGACGUGCUGAAAAGAGAGUUUCCAAAAAGAAGCUUCCACAAAAAAGAGAAACGGAAAAACCUGCUGUUCCAGAGACAGCAGGCAUCAAAUUCCCAGAUUUUAAAUCUUCUGGAGUUUCCCUGCGUAGCCAGAGGAUGAAACUGCCAGGCUCGGUGGGCCAGAAGAAGAUCAAGGCAAUUGAGCAGAUUCUGGUGGAUCAAGGAGUGGGUGAGUAUCUCAACCCAAUGCCGACAGAAGAAAUUGUGCAGAUGUUCAACGAGCUACGAAGCGAUCUGGUGCUCCUCUAUGAGCUGAAGCAGGCACACAGCAAUUGUGAGUACGAACAACAGAUGCUGCGACACCGCUACGAAGCCCUGCUGAAGGUCGGAAAUGGAGGAGCGUGCGGGAUUAUGGCCACGUCUGCACCGCAAAGCGUAGAACCCGCUGCCACCAACAGCAUGACCGCUUCCACUCCGGUGGGUGAAGGCCAAGUGUGGCCUGGCACCGAUGACAUCAAGGUUGAAGCCAAGGAGCAGAUCAUUGAUGUGGUGGGAGCUCCACUGACCCCCAACUCGCGCAAGCGGAGAGAAUCAGCAUCCAGUUCUUCAUCAGUGAAGAAGGUGAAGAAACCCUGAUGUAGACUGGGACGGGAAUGAGGGCUCGCCUUAAGAAAAUGUGACCGGUGAACAUGCGAGAGACGCGGCAAGAAGCCACACGCAAGCGCACACAAACAAACACACACACACCUACAGUCACAAACGCAUCUUCUCAGCUCCUAAAUGGCACUCGCCUGAACCAUCCAGGCUCAGUCUGCUCACCAUCAUUGGGACAAAGGCAACAUCUGAGUGACAUUUCAUUCCAUUACUGCUCUUCUACCUGCUUUCGCCAAUGUUCCGCCUUAGAUGAGAGCAAGAUCAACUGUAAAUUGCCAGGUUGAGCUAAUCGAGACAUGGGGAAGAAGAUGGGGAUGACUUUGUAAUUGAAAUGAAAGGGAAUGAAAGAGACGACUCUGGAGCGAGAAGACCGCAAGAAUCUCGAGACACACUUGUUUUUGUGUUCUAAUAACGCGGCAAUGUUGACCGGAGAUGUUUGUAUACUCCGAUGAGCUCUGUUUCAUCACCGUGGACUUGUUUUUCUUGUUUGUCCUCGGGUGACCUUGAUGAGUCUUGAGACAAUGUUCAAUAAACGUCAUUGUGUUUUUUCA